CUACCUCUCGCUCUUGCUCCGCCCCCCAGGCUGCCAGCUCUGCCUCCUAAUAGCGUUCUCGUGGGCCGCUUAGACUUCGAAAGAGCGCGGGGCCGAUAACCGAGUGGUGUUAGAAUCAUGUCUGGCUGUCAAGCAAAAGGAGACUGUUGUUCGCGGCCAUGUGGCGCGCAGGACAAGGAACAUCCCAGAUUCCUGAUCCCAGAACUUUGCAAACAGUUUUACCAUCUGGGCUGGGUCACCGGCACUGGAGGGGGAAUCAGCCUGAAGCAUGGCAAUGAAAUCUACAUUGCUCCCUCAGGCGUGCAAAAGGAGCGCAUUCAGCCAGAAGACAUGUUCGUCUGUGACAUCAAUGAACAGGACAUAAGUGGGCCUCCAGCAUCUAAGAAGCUUAAAAAAAGCCAGUGCACUCCUCUCUUCAUGAAUGCUUAUACCAUGAGAGGAGCAGGCGCAGUGAUUCAUACCCACUCUAAAGCUGCUGUGAUGGCUACCCUUCUGUUUCCAGGACAGGAGUUUAAAAUUACACAUCAAGAGAUGAUCAAAGGAAUAAGGAAGUGUACCUCGGGAGGAUAUUACAGAUACGAUGAUGUGUUAGUGGUACCCAUUAUUGAGAAUACUCCUGAAGAGAAGGACCUCAAAGAACGGAUGGCUCGUGCCAUGAAUGAGUACCCAGACUCCUGUGCAGUUCUUGUCAGGCGUCAUGGGGUGUACGUGUGGGGAGAAACAUGGGAGAAAGCAAAAACCAUGUGUGAGUGUUACGACUACCUGUUUGACAUUGCUGUGUCCAUGAAGAAGAUGGGACUGGAUCCAACACAGCUCCCAGUUGGAGAAAAUGGAAUUGUGUAAGCCAAGUGGAUGCCCAAGUAUCUCCCACAAUAAACAAACUCAAUUAUGCCUGAAAUAAAAAUCAGCUGCUUUUAAA